UGACGAGUCAACACCAGGGAUCGACCAGUUCCAGCAUUGCAUAACCAUUGCCUCUGCCUGCAAUUUGGUGUACCGAAGCAAAUACUUACAGCCAGACACAAUAGCUAUCAUCCCACCCAACGGUUAUCCCUCCAACGACCGCCGGUCCAUCAAAGCUCUCCAGUGGUUGAAAUGGAUGGCUGAUGAAACAGGUCACUUUAUCCAGCACGCAGCCAACAAGGGGGAAAAACGUAUCGGUAACUACGAGGUGGACGGUUUCUACGAGGCUGAUGGGAUGAAGACCAUUACCCUCUGUCAUGACCUUUUACAAAGGUCACGGCGCAGAAAAAUGUCAAGAUGGCGGCGGCCGAGUCUGCAAGUGUAUCAGCACGAGACGUGUCUAGCGAAACGGUUGAAAAUACGAAGCAUAUUCUCGGGACCUACGGAGCGCCAGUUGUUGGUUGCAAGGAGGAACUGACGGCAAGACUGCACACAAUAGAAAACAAUCCUGUUCUGGCAAACAAAUUGAAAAAACGUGAAAAUCUGAAGAAAUCGUCCGACGUCAAGUUUCCAAGACUGGACUGGGAUGCACCACACUCAAAUGAAAACUGGCAGACGUUUGAUCUUGGGAAAUUUCCCCUUGUUAACGUUUCAGAUGAGGUUAUAGCCGACCACUUGAAAAACGUCCGUGGAAUAAAAGCUCAGAGACUGAAAGGAUCGCGAAUGUACUACUCUCGUAAGGUCAUGUGUCCUCCCAAAGCUAUAACAGUAGUAAAUAACGCAGGACCAGGAGAUGACAACGGCAGUGGGUUGAAGUUGGGAACGUACAUCCGGAGUCAGGUAACAGUGAUGCUACUGAGCACAAUGACCAGGUACCAUCACAUGGUUCCCAUCAGGCAUUUCCCUUGUCUUCAAAUUUGAACCCACACCCUGUAACUUCCGAUAUGCUCCACGCUUACAAGUACAAUCAUCUGGACUUUACUGCUCUGUGAAAGCUGCUGGAGAGGAAAUGGGCCAGAUCCCACUUCAAGUGUCCCCUGAGCUGUGUUCUGAGAAGGGACAUGCUAUGGUUGCACAGAACAGUCCAGAGUGGUAUCAACUUAGAAAGAAGAUGGUAACAUCAAGUAAAGUGCCAGCACUCCUGGGGCUCCGUGGGUCCAAGUGUCAGGAACAGAUGCUUAGAGAGGUGAUGGAGCAAGAGACUGAAGAUGAUCUCAAGAAAAAUAAGAGGAUGGCUAGUCUUCCCAGUUUCAAGCGAGGGCAGCAAUAUGAAGACAAAGCUGCUGAACAUUUCACCCAAGAAACAGGUAUUCCUGCUUAUAAAGUGGGAAUUUAUCGGCAAGGGAACACAAUGUUUGCAGCAAGCCCAGACAGAAUUCUACCUGGCAGCUGGCUACUAGAAAUCAAGACUAGAGUAGCAGGAAGUGCCAGCCCCUUGGAAAAGCUUGAUGGUACUCACUUUGCCCAAGUGCAAACCCAGCUGUAUUGCACAGAUAGAACUGAAGCUAUUCUUAUGUCCUUCUUGCCUGAAGAGCAACUCGCUCACUACUUUUACAUUAAACGGAAUCACGUUUGGUGGAAAGUUGCAGAAGUUAUUCUUGGAAGUAUUGUGCACAAAACAAAAGUAGAACAUUGGGAUUUGAGAGAAACUGAAGUCUUGAGGAAAAUAGGGAACGCUCUUCUCGGUCAAAAUGCAGAAUUCUCUAACACCAAAGCAUUCAGAUCAUGGACUAAUGACCUAGGAUCUACAUGUAAGCGAGUACAACUGCAAGCAAGUGCUACAUUGUGAUGUGACCUGUUGUAAGACGUGUUUGUUGGACUGAGAAACAAUAGUUUGUCCGUACACACUCAACAGAAGAGUAAACAUGUGGAUUAGUAUUCAUAUCAACUACAUGUACUCACAAAUUCAAUACACUUCAAUACAUGUACUCACAAAUUAGACCGCUUGAAUCCAUUUAACAGGUUUUAUUUAUAAAAACAGGUUAAUCAAAGGAAAAAUAAAUUGCUACUUCUGAAAAUAAAAGACUAAACACCAUGAA